AUGGAGUUGGAAUGUUGUUGUUGUUGGUCGUGCUACAUUCUUCUCCUGAUACCGCUUUAUUACCUCAUCAAAUAUUUCUACGAAUUGCCCAAAGUUCGCGAUCUCAGUAGCAAGGCCGUCCUUAUCACUGGAUGUGAUUCUGGUUUGGGUAGAAUGCUUGCGCUGAAAUGUGCCGAAAAGGGAAUGACCGUAUUCGCCGGAUGUACCACCAAAGAGGUUCGCCUUUCAAUAUUACAUUGA